AUGAAAGAAGCUAUUGUUGACGACACCACUUCGGUCGUCAUCCGCGACGUUGAGAUCCCCACUCCCAAACCCGGCCAGGUCCUCAUCCGGGUAGUAGUGUCGGGUACCAACCCGAAGGACUGGAAAGUCCCCAAAUGGCAACCAAACAAUACUAUUAACCAGGGAGACGAUAUUGCAGGGUAUGUGGAAGCAGUGGGAGCAGGAGUCCAGAACUUCCGCGCGGGAGAUAAAGUGGCAGCGUUCCACGAGAUGAUGACCCCAAAUGGAAGUUAUGCCGAAUAUGCCAUUGCGUGGGAACACACGACAUUCCAUCUCACCGAGAAGACCAGCUUUGAAGAGGCUGCUACAAUCCCCCUCGCGGCGAUGACUGCUGCAUUGGGCCUAUAUCAGAAACUGAAAUUGCCUCUACCUUGGGCUCCCGCCGAUAAACCUAUUCCGCUAGUUGUGUAUGGCGGUGCCUCGGCGGUUGGCGCAUUUGCUAUCAAGUUCGCUCAGCUAUCGAACAUUCACCCCAUCAUCGCUAUCGCUGGCAAAGGCGCUCCCUUCGUCGAGACGUUGAUCAGCAGAGAGAAGGGAGACACGAUUAUUGAUUAUCGUGAAGGCGAUGACGCCGUCUACUCGGCGAUCAAGGCUGCUGGCAAGGGUAAUCCCAUUCAGUAUGCCUACGAUGCCGUGUCCGAGAAGGGAAGCUAUGUGACUCUCGGUGCUGCUCUCGAUGUACCUGGGAAGAUCACUGUCGUUUUACCUGCGGACGCUGAUAAGGUGCCGAAGCAAAUUAGCAUCGAGCGGACGAUGGUCGGGGCUGUUCAUAUGCAUCCUGCCGAAGGCCAGACUGUUGGUGAUAAGGAGUUCGGAGCUGCUUUCUUCCAAUUCAUUGGUCGAGGUCUGGCACAGGGUUGGUUCUCAGGCCACCCAUACGAAGUGCGAAAAGGUGGACUGGGUGGUAUCGAAGGCGCAUUGAAAGAUCUAGAGGCUGGCAAGGCAUCUGCGGUGAAAUACUUGGUCAAGAUUGCCGAGACUGACGGAGUUCAGCAGUAG